AUUUUUUUUCUGAAAAAAAAAAUGAAUUAAAAUCAAGAUACAAAAAUACAUGUGAAAACAAAUAAUAAUAAAAUACAGGUAAAAAAUAAAUUCAAACGUACAUUGUAGCUUAUUGUUCACUUGACUUCCACGAUAUUGUUUUUGGCCAAUUGAAGCUAUAAGUCUGUUAUGAAAAAUAAAUUCCUAUUUUAAACAUUGAAAAAUGACAGAUUAUACGUGGAUAACUUGGCACUCUCCAAUGAAGAUCAUUUCGUGCGUGAUGUGGCAGCAUGACGUCACGAGCCAUUAACGUGACGAAAUAAAGUCGAAGUAAUUAUUUUCAGUUGCAGUUUAGUGAUCUCAGAAUAAGUCCAUAAAAAAGAAAGAAAACAGCGAGUAUUUGUUGGUCAAAUAUAAUAAUGGCCGCCGUCAACAGUUUAGUCAUCAAAAAAACGCAAAGUACGCUGGGCAAAGUGAUAAAGAAACCGGCUCUCACUGACAAACUGCUCAGCAAACCGCCGUUUCGAUACCUGCACGACAUCUUUACCGAGAUCAUCAGGACCACCGGCUUUCUGAAAGGCUUGUACAAAGACAAUGAAUUGAAGUCAGAAUGCAUCAAGGACAAAGAGAUGAAGAUGGCGUUCCUUCAGAAGGCCAUCGACGUUGUGGUGCUGGUCACCGGGGAGCCCCUUGCGGUCAGACCGGCACAUAUCGUCGCCGGUCAUGAGCCCGAGAAGACCAACGAGCUCCUGCAGGCCAUUGCCAAGUGCUGCCUAAGCAAGAUGUCCAGUAAGGAGGCUGUGAAGAGAGUUCUUGCGGGAGAGAGGCUGGACGUGAGGGCCAAGGACAGUGCGGUGAAAUCCCAAGACAAGGACGCCGCGGAGGGACGCCAAGCGCAGCCUGACAGAGAGAAGAAGACGACGACGGAGCAGAGCGACAGCGGGGCCGAGAAGGCGCCGGAGCCGCUCAGAGAGCAGGACAAGCACCGGCGAGACGGCGAGAGGGAACAACGCCCCGACAGGGAGCCUUCGGCCAAGAACCACCGGCGGGAGCAGGACUUCGCGAGAGACGGCGAGCAAGAAGACAAGAGUCGCCAACGCCAGCGAGACAAGGCUAACGAGGACGCCGCGCUAAGUGGAGAAAGGGAGCGAGAAAAGGAGAAAAGUCAAGCCAAGGAAAGCGGCAAGCCCAGAGAGAAAGAGAGGGACAAGUCAAGAAGCUCGGAAAGCGAGCGACGCAAGACGUCUUCGUCACGGACCGAAAGUCCGCCGAGAACCAGUCAGCCGUCGUCCGCCAAAGGGCCAAGGAGGAAAAACACUUUGGGAGAUGAAUCCAACAGCGAAGUUGGCGACACUCGUCAGGAUGCGAGUCCUCCUAACAAGGAAAGCGGAGACGCUGCCGAUUGCUCACUUUCAUCAGACGUGGCCUCCAGCAACAACCGCCCGGCGCGGCCCAGCAGCGCCCGUCCGGCUCCCCCUAGAGUCAAGAAACAGGAGAGUUCGGCUGAAGCGCUUGCGCCCGACAGGCUGUCCAGUGGCAAGUCGGCGGUCAUCAGGGAAGGAAAGAAGCGAUCUGACGACGAGGAGGAUGAGCAGUUCCUGGUGGCAGAGGCGGCCCAUGACCCCGCGGACCAGGUCGCUGAUCACGUGCCCCCCCCGAGCGCAACCCCCAAAGGAGAUUUUGUUGUUGUUGUUGUGUGUGUGAGUCAUCCAGUGUCUUUCCUCUCCCAGGAAUCUGCACAAGACUUCAGGAGUGAAGAAAAACACGGUAGGUGGUUUUCCGUUUUUCGGUUUUCUAUCCGACUGUCUUGCCUAAUGAGAGUUUCCAUUUAUGCAGGCGGACUCGUGAAAAAGAUCCUCGAGACCAAAAAAGACUACGAACCCUCGCCGAACUCCAAUAAAUCCAAAGAGUCGGCGUCGGAGGAAGCGCGGAAGAAAGAGCAGGACCAGGUGACGCGGGAGAUCGAGCGCCUGCGCGCCUCCAUCCAGUCGGUGUGUCAGAGCGCGCUGCCUUUGGGCAAGAUCAUGGACUACGUGCAGGAGGACAUCGACGCCAUGCGGGCCGAGCUGCACGGCUGGCGCAGGGAAAACAAAGAGCACGCGCAGGAGUUGAUGCGGGAGCAGAAAGUCACCGACCAGGCGGUGGAACCACUCAAGGCGGAACUGGGCGAGCUGGACCAGCAGAUGAAAGAUUACCGGGACAAAAUCUGCGCCGUGAGGUCCAACAUCCUGACCAAUGAGGAAAACAUCCAGAAGAAGUUGGCCGCCAUCAUCUCUUCCAGAUCCUGAAAGGACAACGGAGGGCUUAAGGAGCAGUAGUCAUCCCCCGGGCGCAUGGCCACAAACGUUGCGGAGCAAUCCGGACGAAUUUUCGGGCCCAUGGCGGCAGACUCGAGUCAAUUAGUGGAGCUCGAGAGUUCAAAGCAAACACGGUGAAGCGGCGUUUGGGUGUUGCGCCGCGCACCGAUGGAAGACGCCGGCAACGGAAGUGAAUUGUGCUCGUUUUUUGUGGAAGCUCGCUUUGUGGACUUAUACAACGCGGCGGUCGUGUCGCAAAUGUGCCGCAGAAAUGCCGCCGAUCUCCUUUGUUUGUUUUCGUGGAAUCUCUCAAUAAAUGAGAGACCGCCGCGGCGACGGUCAACAUUCU